GACAGCGCGUCUGAUGCAGGAUAUGAGAGUGACAGUGUCACUUCUGCCAGUACCUCGAUUGGCUCAUCUGUUCGAGACUACAUGUACGAGAACGGACGUCGCUAUCACAGCUUCCGCGAGGGAACCUAUAACUUCCCCAACGAUGAUGUGGAACAGGAACGGGAGGACAUGAAGCAUGCUAUGGUGAAGCUGCUUUGCAGCCAGAACCUCCACUUUGCACCUAUUGGGGACCAUCCUCAGGAAAUCCUUGAUAUUGGGACCGGUACUGGUAUCUGGGCGAUUGAGAUGGGCGACCAAUACUCGAGCGCAAACGUUCUGGGAAUUGACCUUUCACCUAUACAGCCAGACUGGCUGCCACCUAAUGUUCGCUUUAUGGUGGACGAUGUCGAGUCUCCUUGGCUACACCCCCGAAACCACUUUGACUACAUUCACUCUCGGCAUACCGUAAUGGCGGUCAAAGAUUGGCCGAGGCUCUUUCAACGUGCUCUCGAGCAUCUUAAACCAGGGGGCUGGAUUGAACUUCAAGAAAUCCAUCAUUAUCCACACAGCGCAAAGCAUGGGGGCAUGGUUCCUCCGGAUGCGCACCCUGUCGCCCAGUAUUGGUCACUCAUUACCCAAGGACUUGUUUCGCUGGGAGUCAACUUCCAUGCUGCUGCGGGAGGUGUCUUGGCGGCAAAGAUGCGAGAGGCAGGCUUCGUCAACGUCACUGAGCGUGUCUUUCACGUCCCUCUGGGAACCUGGCCUAAGAACAAGGUCCUUAAGACGGUUGGACUAUACUGGCGCACUAUUUUAACAGAUGGGCUGCAGGCAAUUGCACUGGGUCCACUGACACGAGGUCUGGGAUGGGAUCGCCAGAGUGUGGAAGUGCUUCUGAUGGAUGUUCGAAGGGCAUACAACGACAACUCGGCAUUGCUGUACAUGCCGAUGCACAUGGUAUACGGGCAGAAGCCACUAUAA